AUGUCGAAGAUGGGCUACGAGUUCUGCGGCGUCUUCGCCGUGAAAACCGCUUCGAGUGGUGAGGCCGACCCUAACGAGUUCGACGAUGCGUGGGAGCGGUUUGCCGCGACUCGGCCGCAGGCUGUGAUUGUGUUUGGCUCGCCGCAGGCAGACACCGCGCAAUUCGUUACGAGGAUGCUGAGGGACGAUCGCACCGCCGGCGCGUACCUGCUGGCUCCCUCGGCGGUGCACCCAACUGUUCUGCGCAUAUGGGGUGCUGCCGUGGCCGAUGAUGGUGUCAAGUUUGUGCCCGGGCAGGUGUUCGCGACGGGGACGAACCCGCUGGCGAGGGACGCAACGUACGACGCCAUCCAGCGUCUCCAGGCGGUGAUGCGGGAUUACCUGGAGAACAGCGGGCAGACGGACUACAACGACACGGAGCAUUUCCUCAAUAAUGACGGCGACGGGGAGCUGAUGGUUGAUGGGUGGAUUGCCGGCGAGGUGCUGGCGCAGGCGCUGAGCGACUGUAAAGGAGUGAGGGACCGCAAGUCGUUCAUGGAGUCUCUCUUCAACCAACGCCGGUAUUUAAUCGACGAACUUGUGAUUGGCGACUACGGUGGUGAGUGCGAAGACGAGGCUGCAGCACGGGGGCCACCUGCCGCUGCAACCAGGGCGGCCGCACGGUGUACAUGA